AAAACGUUAUGUCCAGUUGUGAAGUAACUAAAAUGUGUAUUUCAAGAUAAUCUAUAUGCAAACAAAGCCAAAAAUCCCCAGAAUCAAAGUCAGUGAGCUUCUAGUAGAUUCAAAUGAUUUAUAAAUAUAAAGCGUUCAUGUAGGAUUCAUUAACAAAGGUUUGUAAAUAUUGUAUACAGUAGCCUAUAAUACACUUUACUACAGUUCAGAAAGAAGGCCUAUUAAGGUAGCCAUAACUAUAGUUUUUUUUCCCAUGUGGGUUUAAUAUGUGAAUAGAUUCAGCAAAGAGCAUGGAAACCUCUUUAAAAAAAACUCAACAUCAUGACAGGAGCCAGGAGGUCACUGCAGCCCCUGUUGUUUUGAUAGAGUAAGUUAUUCAGUAAUGUGUGACUGUAAACUAUCAGUCGACGUCAGCGCUGAUAAAGUGACCCUCGCGCACCUGUCGACGCGGCUCAGUACAAACAGACGCACGAGACCCGGACGCGGACACCGUUAUUCAUUACCCACGAGAACUACAUAGAGAUCACCGUUUUAGCUCCAACAGGAAUAAGAUACUGUAAUAUGUUUUCUUUAAGGACCCUGCGACUACCCAAUAUUGGACUUAUUGGUUUACUGUCGAAAGAUGCCGUAAAAAGUAGCGUGAGGAGUCCGAAUGUAGUCAGGGGGCCGUUAAGUUUAUUUUCGCGGGUUAACGUGAUCAGCAAGUUUACUGAGGCGGCAUCCGCAGAUCAACCUAAAUCAAAAGCAAAUAUGACGAAUAAAGAUCUCUUCUCUGGACUGGAGGACAUGCUCUUCUACACUAUAACUGAAGGAGCGGAGAAAGUUCCAGUGUCUCAUUUCACUGCUGCUUUGAAAAGCACCGGAUUGCUGACUUCUGAUCCAAGAUUACGAGACUGUAUGGAAAAAAUUCGCAGAGCUGUCCGAGAUUCGACUGGUGAGGUCAUGAUGGACCGCGAGCUAUUCAAAAAAUGUGCAAGUGGCAACAUUGUUCUCCUGAGUCUCGCUUUCAGACGAAAGUUCAUCAUUCCUGAAUUUGAGGCAUUUGUGGACAUCAUCAAUCACAUUUAUUACACAUCAAAACUGCAACAAGAUGGACAGGUUGCGAAAUACAUUCCCCAUCUAACCAAGUUCAGUCCUGAUCUUUGGGGCGUCUCAUUGUGCACAGUGGAUGGACAAAGGCACUCGGUGGGAGAUACAAAAGUGCCGUUCUGCCUGCAGUCAUGUGUGAAGCCGCUGGAAUACGCCAUCGCUGUACAUGAACACGGGACGGAGCAUGUGCAUCAGUAUGUGGGAAAAGAGCCCAGCGGAUUCAAAUUCAACAAACUCUCGCUUGAUGAAGAAGAUAAACCUCACAAUCCCAUGGUCAAUGCUGGAGCGAUUGUCAUCAGUUCACUUAUCAAGGGUGUCAACAAGGCAGAGAAGUUUGACUAUGUAAUGGACUUUGUUAAGAAGAUGACAGGCAGUGAGUACGUGGGCUUCAGCAACGCAACGUUCCAGUCAGAAAAGGAGACAGGAGACAGAAACUAUGCAAUAGGAUACUACCUAAAAGAGAAAAAGUGUUUUCCUGAUGGAGUGGAAAUGAUCGACGCGCUGGAUUUUUAUUUCCAGUUGUGCGCCAUAGAGGUCACCUGCGAGUCGGGCAGCGUAAUGGCCGCCACAUUAGCGAAUGGUGGAAUUUGUCCAAUCACGGGAGAGAGAGUUUUGAGCACAGAAGCUGUUCGAAACACACUCAGUCUCAUGCACUCCUGCGGGAUGUACGACUACUCGGGACAGUUCGCUUUCCAUGUUGGAUUACCUGCUAAAUCUGGUGUGUCGGGUGCAGUUCUUCUGGUGGUGCCAAAUGUGAUGGGUGUCAUGUGUUGGUCGCCCCCUGUGGACAAAGUCGGGAACAGUGUCCGUGGAAUUCGCUUCUGUCAGGAACUGGUGUCUUUGUUCAACUUCCACAAUUAUGACAAUCUGAGGCAUUUUCUAAAGAAACAGGACCCUCGCAGGCAGUCUGGUGAUGACAGAAACAAGUCGGUGGUGAAUCUGAUGUUUGCGGCCCACAGUGGAGAUGUUUCAGCUCUGAGGAGGUUUGCCCUGUCAUCAAUGAAUAUGGAGUUGAGGGACUAUGACUCUCGUACACCUCUUCACGUAGCUGCUGCUGAAGGUCACGUGGAUGUUGUGCUAUUUUUAAUACAGGCCUGCAAAGUCAACCCUUUUGUGAAAGACCGGUGGGGAAAUAUUCCUCGAGACGAUGCCAUGCAGUUCGGGCAAAAGGAUGUUGUGAAGAUCCUGGAGGAGUAUGAGCAGACCUACAGCCCACAAACGUCUCAGACUGACACAGAAGAUCUUAGUCAGCCAUCCAAAUGCUCAUCUCUGGGGUGUAAUCUGCUGUGAAUCUAUCAAACUAAUGAACUAGUUGAUUUCAUGAAAAUAUGUGCAAAAUUAGGGUACAUUUAUUAAAGUAUCUCUCUAGAGUUCACUUUUUUCUAUUUUGAUUUGUAAAUAUUAUAAAGAUUUAUAUAUAUAUAUAAUAUAAGAUUUAUAAUAAGUAAAAGAUCUUUGUAAAUUAUUUGGGACAUACCUGUUAUCUUAGUGAAAAAUGUACAGCAAUGCACAAUGUACAGUGUCUGACAAAUAAAACCAAAUAUCCAAAAAC